GAAGAAGAAGUAAUGGAUCGAAGCUCCUUGUUUCUCUCGCGAGAUCUGACAACACCGCGCGUGAACUGAGCGGGACGAAGAAAAACAAAAUGGCGUUUGGUAGGAAAAGACGUUAAUGUGGUUUGUUAUAGUGCUUUUUUUUCAUAAACAGCACGUACACUUACAUAUAUGUGCUUUUUACUACAUUAAACGUCGUUAAUAAUUGUUUAGGUCUGGAUACAUUAGUUUAAGCGCAACUCGUUGCUGCCCGUACUAGCUUAGCUUGCUAGUUAGCUUAGCGUGUUAGCUGCUAACAAAGAGAGGCGGAAGUGAUGAAAACACAUCGCUAAGCAGAGAUCAAGUGUGAGUGUAAAGUGUUGUGAUUGUGUGAAAAUGUGCGAAAGAAAGAUAGCAGAGUACAAAGAGGAACUUUAUGGAACCAAACUACUGGACGCUGUUGCCAAGAAACAUCAAGUUGUGUUACACAGAACAGCAGACGUCCAGCAGACCUCCCACAUUAAAGAGGAAGAGGAGGAAGUGUGGAUCUCUCAGGAGGAAGAGUGUCUUCUAGGGCAGGAGGAGGCUGAUCUCACCAAGUUUCCACUGACUGUUGUCUCUGUGAAGACUGAAGAGCAUGAAGACAAACCACCUGAGUCCUCACAGCUUCAUCACAGUCCAAACGUCUGGGAAGAACAUCUUCUCCCUGAGCGGCAAGGGCGGCGCUUCAGGAUGGAGCAGGAGGGGCCACAGCCCUCCAGCAUCAAAGAGGAAGAUGAGGCGCCACAGUCCCUGCACAUUAAAGAGGAAGACGAGAGCCCACUGACCCCCCACGUUAAGGAAGAAGAGGAGGCCCCGCAGCCCCCUCGCAUUAAAGACGAAGAGGAGGAACACAGCAUCAGUCAGGAGUUCCCAGUGAUUGUUGUCACUCAACUUGUUGUUGAGCAUCUUGAAGGACUGGAGGAGGUUGAUGUCACCAAGAUGCCAGUGACUGGUGUCCCUGUGAAGAGUGAAGAUGAUGAUGAUGAUGAUGAUGAACAUCUUCCUGAGCAGCAGAAGUGGAGCUUCGGGAUGGCGACGGAGGAGCCACAUCCCUCCCACAUUAAGGAGGAAGAUGCGGAGCUACAGACUCUGCACAUUAAAGAGGAAGAGGAGGAACACAGCAUCAGUCAGGAGGGAGAGCAUCUUGAGUUCCCAGUGACUGGUGUCAUUGUGAAGAGUGAAGGUGAUGAGGUCAAAGGUGAGAGUGAGGAGAAGAGAGAGGCGGAGCCUCCAAGCAGCAGCUCAACAGAAGCUGAUGGAGACCACUGUGGAGGAUCACAAGCAGACAAGUUCUUAGCUCCACUAUCAGAUAGUGAGCACACAACGUCACACUCUCCUGACACUGAUGAUGAAGACUCUAAAGACUCUAAGACAUGUCACACUGACAACGCACGCUUCAAAUGUUCUCACUGCGACAAAACCUUUAGAUUCCGCUGCGCUCUAAUAACACACGUGCGAAAACACACCGGAGAAAGACCAUUCGUGUGCUCAGUUUGCAGCGGGAGAUUCUCUACGAAGUCCAAUUUGGAAAAGCACAAAACGGUGCACACUGGAGAAAAACCUUUCAUCUGCUCAGUCUGCUCUAAGGGUUUCAGACUGAGACAGGACUGGAAAGCACACAUGAGGAUACACACAGGAGAGAAAGUGUUUAGUUGCAGUGCGUGUGGUGAAAGAUUCUCUUCCAAGUACCAGUGUAAGAGACACAAGUGUGCUGGUGAGAACAGCCGCAGUAGGGGGGGCAACGUGGCUCAGGUGGUAGCGCGGCCGUGCCAGCCGACCCAGGGUUGCUGGUUCGUAACGAGCUUCCGUCAUCCGAGUCACGGCUGUAGUGUCCUUCUUCCCAGUGCCCCGACUUUGUACGCCACCGCUGGGCCCCUGAUGCUCUCAGUGUCGGGGGUGAACUCGUCCUCUUGCCGGUGAAACGAAAAGCUCCAGUCCAUGAGGAGGACCUGAUGUUUUCAUUUGCUCAACAGCAUCAGUGUUAGAAUAAUUGUUUCUAAGUUAUCACAAAAACUUUGUGUUGCAUCGAGUGCCCGGUGAGAAGCAAAAGCUGUCUUUGAAACCUACCAAGAAGACAUGCUUGCCAACCUUGAGACCUCUGAUUUCGGGAGGUGGGGUCGG